ACCGGCGCCGAACUCAGUUCCAUCCCGUCCGUCGGCCAGUAAACAAGUGAUCUCCUCUACUGCUCCGUGUCCGCGCUCGAAACUGUCCAAGGGCUACCGUGUGUGUGUGUGUGUGUGUGCGUGUGUGUGUAUGUACACCAGUAAACCAGUGCUUAAAACAACAUACCGAACCGGCUUCUUCUCGUGCGCGCAGGCGUAAGCGCACCAACUCUCUUUCUCUCGCGCACGUUAUCUCGCGCUCAGCGCAAAACAAGGUGUACAGAGAAAGGGCACGAGGUAAAAGGCAUCCCCAACCCCCCGACCGACCGUGGGGAGAUUCGUGUGACUGUGUGCGUGUGUGUGAGUGAGCGGCGGGGUUGUUUCGUUCGCUCAAAAACGCUGCCCUGCAUCUCGGCACUGUUCAGUUCGUUCGUGCAUUCCGGUCCCAGUGCUGCUAGUAGUGUGACCCUGUGCUGCUGCUGUCUCUCUGUUGCCCCGCUUUGUGCACUGUGUGAUCCGACAUAUCCCCCCCGCACCAACCAAGCACAACGUGAUUACCUCAUCGCGCAUCCGCAAAGUGUGUCAACGCAUGGCCGCGCGCAGAUGGUUGGAAAAGUGAUUCUAGCGCGCUAACUGGCCACGGUUAGUGAUAACGGGUGUCAUCACGCUAUCAGUGCAGUGCAAAAGUAUCGUACGGUGGUGAAAGAUAACUGAAAAAACACACCCACGCUACAGGGUAAUUGAAUAAUAAGUACGUUAAACGGUAGUGAUAUUGGUGUGCAAUAAGUGAUAAAAGUAGAACGCAAAGUGUAUCCCGAUAAAGAUGGGGUUGAAUAAUCGCGACAAGCAGACGAAGCUGAAAACUCAGAGCCUGCUAGACUCCGAGCGAGCCGGACAGCAAACGGUGACGACGGUUACGGUGGAUCAUGGUACGGUUGCCAUGCCGCUGGAAUCGAUGGCAACCGUCAGCUCAUCGACGGCGAACAGCAGCAGUUCGUUCCAGCAGUCGUCAUCGUCGUCCUCCUCGUCGACCUCGAAGGUCCAGUCCAGUGCAGUGGAAAGUACAGUGCAGCGAAAGUCCUCCGAUGGGCGCGUGAUCAGUGAAGUGCGUGAGCAAGGCUCCAAGAAGGAUGGGCCAAAGUUCAGCACCGUCAGCAGCAUGCGCAGUGAGGCUAACCGGGCCAAACAGAUCGAUAGCUUCAUCGAGGAGAUACAUCACAUCGCGAGUGAUACGAUCGGCUCGACCGCACUGAUCGGUGCCCCGGCCGGUAUGGAGCUGCCCGCCGGGACGGUCACACAGAAAACGGUGCUGCUCAGUGGUGGUGAAAGUGCGCGCAAGCAAUCGUACGUCAGUGAGAGUGUUGGCGAUGGUCAUACCACCCUCCAGUCCAGUGUGUCCGGUGAUGCUAGUCAGCAGGUAAUAUCGACCAUCGGGCCGAGCAAGAUCGAGAUCUCGAAAAUGGCCCUUGACAGCAGUGCCGUUUCGAGCAGUAGCACCAGCAAAGUCAUGCAAAGUAGCAGCAGUGCCAUAACGAAGAAAGAGCAGCAGCAAUCAUCAUCAUUGUCAUCUUCAUCGCAGAGUGCGAUGCGUAGUGAGAAAAAUGUGUCCGAAUCUAGUGCAAUCUCCAGUUCACACAAGUCUGAGUCGAAGCAGAGCAAAAGCUCCCACACGACUUCGUCGUCGUCGUCGUCCUCGAGCACCAGUAAACUGAUGUCGAGUGAUCAAAGCAAGGCUCAGUCUGUGUCGGAAACAUUCCAGUCGUCCGCACAUGGUACGAGCGACAGUGCACAGUCCGGACGACAGACGGAUACGCUGUCGAUGAACGGUGGUAGACAGUCGCUGUCCACAGUACAGUCAUCACACCUGCCGGACCAUUCCACGUACGAUCAGAAAUCAUUCCAGCUGGUGGAUGGAGAUGGCAAGACCCGCCAGCAGCAUGACAGCCAGAGCUACUCGAUGGCACAGAGUCAAGCGCCGACCACGAAAAUCGUGUACGAUUCGGCGGGUAAUCAGAUCACGAGCACUUCCUCCUCGUACCAAGCCGCGCAGGGCUACAGUACCUCCUCGUUCCAGAGCUCCGACGGAGUCGAUUUGUCGAAGUCGGCCAAGGACAGUUCCGCUGGAACGGCCAAACUUCGCCAGGCGGCGAACAACCAGAAUCAAGUGCUGUACGAUACAGCGGGCAACCGGAUCACGACCACCGGCUCCUCAUCGUAUCAAGCGGCGCAAGGUUACAGUUCCUCGUCCUUCCAGAGCUCCGAAGCGAUGGAUUCAAAGUCAUCGAAUGACUACAUGUCUUCUACCAGUACAUCCACGAAGCAGAGUCACAAUGUGUCCACUUCCAAGGGUAUGACGUCCAGCAGCGCAAAGGACUCUAUCAUCGACUCAACCACACUGGACAACUACUCGGUGCAGUUGCACGAUUCGUCCACCGGUCAGCAACACUCCAACAAUAUGCUCAUGAAAACGGAGUCGGCCCACACCGUGGCCAGCCUUUCGUCGGCACACGACGCACUGGCCAGUACGAUCCAGAGCACGCAGCUCAUUACGGAAUCGGCGAGCGAGGCGCAGCAGCGCCAGCAACACUCCGAGUCGACCAAAACGUACGAAACGUCCUCGCACUAUGCGCAGAUGGACGAGGAAAGCCGUUCCCGGCGCAAAACGUCCGAGUAUCGCGAGCAGCGCGAAUCGAAUGCUGCCAUCCUGAAGCGCAAGAUCUACGACGAGCACGGGCGGCGGCUGAACUUGAUCGAUGAGAAAAUUGUGCCGAAAGACAUCGUGACGGCGGACCUGCAGGACGACGUGACGAACGUGACCAAAACGUCGUUCGAGGCGAAACUGUUCAACCCGAAGCUGAAGCGAUGGGAGCUGGUCGACCAGAAGACGAUACUGGAGAAGGACAUUACUACCGACAUACCGGUGGAGAUCGUCCAGGAGCUGGAGGUGGAGCGUCCCGAGCUAGCCAACAUCACCACGACGAUUCAGAUGACGAAGGUAUACGAUGCCAAGACCAAGCAGUGGAAGACGAUCGAUCAGAAGAAGCACAUCGAUGUGCUGGAAAAGAUCACCUUCCUGGAGGAAAGCUCCGGACGCUCGGAGCUGGACGAGUCGGAGCGAACGAAAAACAUGAAAUCCAUGGACAUGGUGGACCGUGUGACAAUCAAGGAGGUGAGCGAUCUGAGCGAUCAGAAACGAAACCAGAUCAACAAAACGUCCAAACGCACAGACCAACAAACCAUCCAGGAGCAGUGCAUCUGCGAAAUCUGUACCUGCGGACGGCAUAACUGCUACAACUGUGGAGGAGGUACUGCAACGACACAAACUAAAUCCUCAAAAUAUACUGCCACGAGCAAUUCGGAAAAUUUUUACCAUCAAGAAAAUUUCACAUCAGAGCUCAGUGCGCAAGCAACGUCGGGAAGACGAGGAACAUGGACAAUAGAAGAUGCAGAAGAUCAUCUGAAUCGAAGGGAAUCGUACACGAUUGAACAUAGCAGCACCGCAAACGAAACAUCGGAACGCAGACUCACGUGGACGAAGGACGAUUUGGAAAAGGUUGAUGUCACGAAGCUUAAAGCUGACUACGUGCGACCAAAACCAAUCAAGCAUGAAGAUAAUCUCAAGCCCGAAGGAGCAUUUACGGUGCCGGAACGAGCAGGAUACACCCCAGGGGAGCGUGUCAAGCCGAUAAAACCCGAUGACAACCUUCGUCCAGAGGGCGAGUUCUCUACUCCAGAGAAGCUUCAGUACAGACCGGCCGAGCGACCAAAGCAGGUUCGACCUGAGGAUAACCUCAGACCGGAAGGAGACUUCGAGAAGCCUGAGAAGCCUCAGUACAGACCAGCCGAGCGUCCGAAGCAGAUCAAACCUGAGGAUAAUCUGCGUACUGAGGGAGAGUUCCAGGCUCCUGAGCGUCCAGAGUAUCGUCCUGGAGAGCGACCGAAGCCUGUGCGUCACGAUGAUAAUCUUCGUCCUGAGGGAGACUUCGAGCGUCCCGAGAAAUCUCCAUUCCGACCAGCCGAGCGACCGAAGCAGAUUCGUCCUGAGGACAAUCUUCGUCCAGAGGGCGAGUUCUCUACUCCAGAGAAGCCUCAGUACAGACCGGCCGAGCGUCCGAAGCAGGUUCGACCUGAGGAUAACCUCAGACCGGAAGGAGACUUCGAGAAGCCUGAGAAGCCUCAGUACAGCCCGGCCGAGCGUCCGAAGCAGAUCAAACCUGAGGAUAACCUGCGCACUGAGGGAGAGUUUCAGGCUCCUGAGCGUCCAGAGUAUCGUCCUGGAGAGCGACCGAAGCCUGUGCGUCACGAUGAUAAUCUUCGUCCCGAGGGAGACUUCGAGCGUCCCGAGAAAUCUCCAUUCCGACCAGCCGAGCGACCGAAGCAGGUUCGUCCUGAGGACAAUCUUCGUCCAGAGGGCGAGUUCUCUACUCCAGAGAAGCCUCAGUACAGACCGGCCGAGCGUCCGAAGCAGGUUCGACCUGAGGAUAACCUCAGACCGGAAGGAGACUUCGAGAAGCCUGAGAAGCCUCAGUACAGACCGGCCGAGCGUCCGAAGCAGAUCAAACCUGAGGAUAAUCUGCGUACUGAGGGAGAGUUCCAGACUCCUGAGCGUCCAGAGUAUCGUCCUGGAGAGCGACCGAAGCCUGUGCGUCACGAUGAUAAUCUUCGUCCCGAGGGAGACUUCGAGCGUCCCGAGAAAUCUCCAUUCCGACCAGCCGAGCGACCGAAGCAGGUUCGUCCUGAGGACAAUCUUCGUCCAGAGGGCGAGUUCUCUACUCCAGAGAAGCCUCAGUAUAGACCGGCCGAGCGUCCAAAACAGGUUCGUCCUCAAGAUAACCUCAAGCCCGAAGGUGAUUUCGAACGACCUCAGCCUACGAUUGUAGGAAAGGCCGAGAGAGCUCAGAUUGUUCGUCACGAGGACAAUCUGUAUAUGGAAGGCAACUUCGAACGUACUGAGAAAACGGUUUACAUAUCUGGCGAGCGACCGAAGCCCAUAAGACCUGAUGAUAAUCUUCGUCCCGAGGGAGACUUCGAGCGUCCCGAGAAAUCUCCAUUCCGACCAGCCGAGCGACCGAAGCAGGUUCGUCCUGAGGACAAUCUUCGUCCAGAGGGCGAGUUCUCUACUCCAGAGAAGCCUCAGUACAGACCGGCCGAGCGUCCGAAGCAGGUUCGACCUGAGGAUAACCUCAGACCGGAAGGAGACUUCGAGAAGCCUGAGAAGCCUCAGUACAGACCGGCCGAGCGUCCGAAGCAGAUCAAACCUGAGGAUAACCUGCGCACUGAGGGAGAGUUCCAGACUCCUGAGCGUCCAGAGUAUCGUCCUGGAGAGCGACCGAAGCCCAUAAGACCUGAUGAUAAUCUUCGUCCUGAAGGAGACUUCGAGCGUCCCGAGAAAUCUCCAUUCCGACCAGCCGAGCGACCGAAGCAGGUUCGUCCUGAGGACAAUCUUCGUCCAGAGGGCGAUUUCUCUACUCCAGAGAAGCCUCAGUAUAGACCGGCCGAGCGUCCAAAACAGGUUCGUCCUCAAGAUAACCUCAAGCCCGAAGGUGAUUUCGAACGACCCCAGCCUACGAUUUUAGGAAAGGCCGAGAGAGCUCAGAUUGUUCGCCACGAGGACAAUCUGUAUAUGGAAGGCAACUUCGAACGUACUGAGAAAACGGUUUACAUAUCUGGCGAGCGACCGAAGCCCAUAAGACCUGAUGAUAAUCUUCGUCCCGAGGGAGACUUCGAGCGUCCCGAGAAAUCUCCAUUCCGACCAGCCGAGCGACCGAAGCAGGUUCGUCCUGAGGACAAUCUUCGUCCAGAGGGCGAGUUCUCUACUCCAGAGAAGCCUCAGUACAGACCGGCCGAGCGUCCGAAGCAGGUUCGACCUGAGGAUAACCUCAGACCGGAAGGAGACUUCGAGAAGCCUGAGAAGCCUCAGUACAGACCGGCCGAGCGUCCGAAGCAGAUCAAACCUGAAGAUAACCUGCGUACUGAGGGAGAGUUCCAGACUCCUGAGCGUCCAGAGUAUCGUCCUGGAGAGCGACCAAAGCCCAUAAGACCUGAUGAUAAUCUUCGUCCUGAAGGAGACUUCGAGCGUCCCGAGAAAUCUCCAUUCCGACCAGCCGAGCGACCGAAGCAGGUUCGUCCUGAGGACAAUCUUCGUCCAGAGGGCGAGUUCUCUACUCCAGAGAAGCCUCAGUACAGACCUGCCGAGCGUCCGAAGCAGGUUCGACCUGAGGAUAACCUCAGACCGGAAGGAGACUUCGAGAAGCCUGAGAAGCCUCAGUACAGACCGGCCGAGCGUCCGAAGCAGAUCAAACCUGAGGAUAACCUGCGUACUGAGGGAGAGUUUCAGGCUCCUGAGCGUCCAGAGUAUCGUCCUGGAGAGCGACCGAAGCCUGUGCGUCACGAUGAUAAUCUUCGUCCCGAGGGAGACUUCGAGCGUCCCGAGAAAUCUCCAUUCCGACCAGCCGAGCGACCGAAGCAGGUUCGUCCUGAGGACAAUCUUCGUCCAGAGGGCGAUUUCUCUACUCCAGAGAAGCCUCAGUACAGACCGGCCGAGCGUCCAAAACAGGUUCGUCCUCAAGAUAACCUCAAGCCCGAAGGUGAUUUCGAACGACCUCAGCCUACGAUUGUAGGAAAGGCCGAGAGAGCUCAGAUUGUUCGUCACGAGGACAAUCUGUAUAUGGAAGGCAACUUCGAACGUACUGAGAAAACGGUUUACAUAUCUGGCGAGCGACCAAAGCCCAUAAGACCUGAUGAUAAUCUUCGUCCCGAGGGAGACUUCGAGCGUCCCGAGAAAUCUCCAUUCCGACCAGCCGAGCGACCGAAGCAGGUUCGUCCUGAGGACAAUCUUCGUCCAGAGGGCGAGUUCUCUACUCCAGAGAAGCCUCAGUACAGACCGGCCGAGCGUCCGAAGCAGGUUCGACCUGAGGAUAACCUCAGACCGGAAGGAGACUUCGAGAAGCCUGAGAAGCCUCAGUACAGACCGGCCGAGCGUCCGAAGCAGAUCAAACCUGAGGAUAACCUGCGCACUGAGGGAGAGUUCCAGACUCCUGAGCGUCCAGAGUAUCGUCCUGGAGAGCGACCGAAGCCCAUAAGACCUGAUGAUAAUCUUCGUCCUGAAGGAGACUUCGAGCGUCCCGAGAAAUCUCCAUUCCGACCAGCCGAGCGACCGAAGCAGGUUCGUCCUGAGGACAAUCUUCGUCCAGAGGGCGAGUUCUCUACUCCAGAGAAGCCUCAGUAUAGACCGGCCGAGCGUCCGAAGCAAGUUCGUCCUCAAGAUAACCUCAAGCCCGAAGGUGAUUUCGAACGACCUCAGCCUACGAUUGUAGGAAAGGCCGAGAGAGCUCAGAUUGUUCGUCACGAGGACAAUCUGUAUAUGGAAGGCAACUUCGAACGUACUGAGAAAACGGUUUACAUAUCUGGCGAGCGACCGAAGCCCAUAAGACCUGAUGAUAAUCUUCGUCCCGAGGGAGACUUCGAGCGUCCCGAGAAAUCUCCAUUCCGACCAGCCGAGCGACCGAAGCAGGUUCGUCCUGAGGACAAUCUUCGUCCAGAGGGCGAGUUCUCUACUCCAGAGAAGCCUCAGUACAGACCGGCCGAGCGUCCGAAGCAGGUUCGACCUGAGGAUAACCUCAGACCGGAAGGAGACUUCGAGAAGCCUGAGAAGCCUCAGUACAGACCGGCCGAGCGUCCGAAGCAGAUCAAACCUGAGGAUAACCUGCGUACUGAGGGAGAGUUCCAGACUCCUGAGCGUCCAGAGUAUCGUCCUGGAGAGCGACCGAAGCCCAUAAGACCUGAUGAUAAUCUUCGUCCUGAAGGAGACUUCGAGCGUCCCGAGAAAUCUCCAUUCCGACCAGCCGAGCGACCGAAGCAGGUUCGUCCUGAGGACAAUCUUCGUCCAGAGGGCGAGUUCUCUACUCCAGAGAAGCAUCAGUACAGACCGGCCGAGCGUCCGAAGCAGGUUCGACCUGAGGAUAACCUCAGACCGGAAGGAGACUUCGAGAAGCCUGAGAAGCCUCAGUACAGACCGGCCGAGCGUCCGAAGCAGAUCAAACCUGAGGAUAAUCUGCGUACUGAGGGAGAGUUCCAGACUCCUGAGCGUCCAGAGUAUCGUCCUGGAGAGCGACCGAAGCCUGUGCGUCACGAUGAUAAUCUUCGUCCCGAGGGAGACUUCGAGCGUCCCGAGAAAUCUCCAUUCCGACCAGCCGAGCGACCGAAGCAGGUUCGUCCUGAGGACAAUCUUCGUCCAGAGGGCGAUUUCUCUACUCCAGAGAAGCCUCAGUACAGACCGGCCGAGCGUCCAAAACAGGUUCGUCCUCAAGAUAACCUCAAGCCCGAAGGUGAUUUCGAACGACCUCAGCCUACGAUUGUAGGAAAGGCCGAGAGAGCUCAGAUUGUUCGUCACGAGGACAAUCUGUAUAUGGAAGGCAACUUCGAACGUACUGAGAAAACGGUUUACAUAUCUGGCGAGCGACCGAAGCCCAUAAGACCUGAUGAUAAUCUUCGUCCCGAGGGAGACUUCGAGCGUCCCGAGAAAUCUCCAUUCCGAUCAGCCGAGCGACCGAAGCAGGUUCGUCCUGAGGACAAUCUUCGUCCAGAGGGCGAGUUCUCUACUCCAGAGAAGCCUCAGUACAGACCGGCCGAGCGUCCGAAGCAGGUUCGACCUGAGGAUAACCUCAGACCGGAAGGAGACUUCGAGAAGCCUGAGAAGCCUCGGUACAGACCGGCCGAGCGUCCGAAGCAGAUCAAACCUGAAGAUAACCUGCGCACUGAGGGAGAGUUUCAGGCUCCUGAGCGUCCAGAGUAUCGUCCUGGAGAGCGACCGAAGCCUGUGCGUCACGAUGAUAAUCUUCGUCCCGAGGGAGACUUCGAGCGUCCCGAGAAAUCUCCAUUCCGACCAGCCGAGCGACCGAAGCAGGUUCGUCCUGAAGACAAUCUUCGUCCAGAGGGCGAGUUCUCUACUCCAGAGAAGCCUCAGUAUAGACCGGCCGAGCGUCCGAAGCAGGUUCGACCUGCGGAUAACCUCAGACCGGAAGGAGACUUCGAGAAGCCUGAGAAGCUCCAGUACAGACCGGCCGAGCGUCCGAAGCAGAUCAAACCUGAGGAUAACCUGCGCACUGAGGGAGAGUUUCAGGCUCCUGAGCGUCCAGAGUAUCGUCCUGGAGAGCGACCGAAGCCUGUGCGUCACGAUGAUAAUCUUCGUCCCGAGGGAGACUUCGAGCGUCCCGAGAAAUCUCCAUUCCGACCAGCCGAGCGACCCAAGCAGGUUCGUCCUGAGGACAAUCUUCGUCCAGAGGGCGAUUUCUCUACUCCAGAGAAGCCUCAGUACAGACCGGCCGAGCGUCCAAAACAGGUUCGUCCUCAAGAUAACCUCAAACCCGAAGGUGAUUUCGAACGACCUCAGCCUACGAUUGUAGGAAAGGCCGAGAGAGCUCAGAUUGUUCGUCACGAGGACAAUCUGUAUAUGGAAGGCAACUUCGAACGUACUGAGAAAACGGUUUACAUAUCUGGCGAGCGACCGAAGCCCAUAAGACCUGAUGAUAAUCUUCGUCCCGAGGGAAACUUCGAGCGUCCCGAGAAAUCUCCAUUCCGACCAGCCGAGCGACCGAAGCAGGUUCGUCCUGAGGACAAUCUUCGUCCAGAGGGCGAGUUCUCUACUCCAGAGAAGCAUCAGUACAGACCGGCCGAGCGUCCGAAGCAGGUUCGACCUGAGGAUAACCUCAGACCGGAAGGAGACUUCGAGAAGCCUGAGAAGCCUCAGUACAGACCGGCCGAGCGUCCGAAGCAGAUCAAACCUGAAGAUAACCUGCGCACUGAGGGAGAGUUCCAGGCUCCUGAGCGUCCAGAGUAUCGUCCUGGAGAGCGACCGAAGCCUGUGCGUCACGAUGAUAAUCUUCGUCCUGAAGGAGACUUCGAGCGUCCCGAGAAAUCUCCAUUCCGACCAGCCGAGCGACCGAAGCAGGUUCGUCCUGAGGACAAUCUUCGUCCAGAGGGCGAGUUCUCUACUCCAGAGAAGCCUCAGUACAGACCGGCCGAGCGUCCGAAGCAGGUUCGACCUGAGGAUAACCUCAGACCGGAAGGAGACUUCGAGAAGCCUGAGAGGCCUCAGUACAGACCGGCCGAGCGUCCGAAGCAGAUUCGACCUGAAGAUAACCUGCGUACUGAAGGAGAGUUCCAGACUCCUGAGCGUCCAGAGUAUCGUCCUGGAGAGCGACCGAAGCCUGUGCGUCACGAUGAUAAUCUUCGUCCCGAGGGAGACUUUGAGCGUCCCGAGAAAUCUCCAUUCCGACCAGCCGAGCGACCGAAGCAGGUUCGACCGGAAGAUAACCUUAAACCAGAGGGAGGUUUUGAAAAACCAGAGAAGCAUCAGUACAGACCGGCAGAAAGACCGAAGCAAGUGAAACCUCUGGACAAUCUCAGGCCAGAAGGAGACUUCGAACGCCCGAAACCAACACCAGUUGGUAAACCCGAUCGUGCCCAGAUCGUGAAGCAUGAGGAUAACUUGCGAGUCGAAGGAAACUUUGAAAGAGUAGAAAAAACAGUAUUUGUAGCUGGCGAACGUCCAAAACCGAUAAAGCCUGAUGAUAAUCUACGCCCAGAAGGAGAUUUUAUGACUCCGGAAAAACAACAGUUCCGUCCGGCCGAGCGUCCGAAACAGAUCAAACCUCAGGACAAUCUGCGCCCCGAAGGAGACUUCGAACGUCCACAAAAGUCCCCGAUCGGCCCUGGUGAACGUCCCAAACCGAUCAGACACGAUGACAAUCUACGACCGGAGGGAUCAUUCGAAAGACCAGAAAAGGCUACGUUCAAACCAGCGGAACGGCCCAAACAAAUACGCCCGGAGGAUAAUUUGCGUACCGAGGGUGAGUUUGAGAAGCCCGAAAAGCCACAGUUCCGGCCGGCCGAGCGACCGAAGCAGGUGAAACCGCAGGAUAAUCUGCAAAUCGAGGGCGACUACAACACGUUCAAGGAGUACACGGAACAGAAGCAGCGCAAGGAAGCCAUACUAAAGGAGGUGCAUGAACCGGGCAUCGCCGACGGUGCGGUACUGGUGACCACGCAAACGGUCACCACCAUCCUGAAGGGAGAGAAGAAGCAGCCCACCGGCAGACAGGUCACUAGCAGCGAGGUGCACGAUCACGCCACCCGCUCCGAGUCAGAGUCAUUCACGCACAGCCACAGCCAGCAUCAGCAGCAACACCAUACCAGUGAGCAGGUCUCUAGUUCUACUGCCAUCAAUCGAGCGCAGCGCAUUGAAGCUAGCACCAACGAACGCGAUCAAACAACCUCGCAACGAUCCGCGACGAAACAUUCGCAAUCGAUUCAUGACGUUUCGGGCCGAAAUGUUGCCGAAUCGAUUACCAAUCACAGCCAGCAUCACGUGGUUAAUGGCAAAACGGUUGUCGGCGGAAUGACGGAGCACCAGAGCCAUAGCAGCCACAGCCUGAAGUCUUCAUCCUCCAGCUCGAAGGUGCAUCAGACAAGCUCCUCCACCAUGCAGCAACAUUCAUCAGCCAUCAAGAGCAGCAGCAGCAGCAGCAGCAGCAGCAAUACUCAUCAACACCAGGACUCUCUUCAUCAGCUACGGCACGGAGAGACACGUCACACGCGCACAAACGGUACGAUCGUAACAGGCGAUGAUGGAGGCCCAAUGCCGGGAGGAGUUCAGCAUCACACGCGCGAACAAGUGACCGGGUCACAGGUUUCUUCCUCCAGCAGCAAGGUCGUAAUUGAUGGAAAGGUCGUAACGGACAAGUCCGCAUCGUCGAAGCUCGCGUCCGAAAAGCUUGCAAUCGACGGGGUCGUCGUAACGGAUAAAAGCUUCGUCGAACGCCAGAAGACAGGGUUCGAUGGUAUGGAAAGCAUCUCUAACGUACAGACCACGGGACAGAGUGUACAUGGGGCAACAAGCAGCAACCUUCAGGACACGACCACCGCUUCCAUGGGCAGCCAUUCGUCUACAAAGACGCAGUCUCAAACACGCUCGACGAACAAUAUCAUUCACGCCGAAUCAUCCACCAACGGACACCCAGUCGGGCGACGUAACGGUUCACUGACCACCUCAAGCCAGGCCGGAUCCGGCCAGAUGGCAGAAACACAGGUGAAGAAACUGAUCGGUGGAAAAUGGGUCACCAAGACGAUCAAAACGGAAAGCAAGUCAUUCGCUCAGGAUCAACAUCAACAUGGAGCAGUGCACGGCGAUAGUAAGAUGGUGCAUUCGGAUCACGUGGCACGUCAGCAGCAUCAGACGCAGAGUGUCGGUACGGAAAUGCACUCUCACUCCAUGUCCACCUCCAGCUCGUCGGUUAGCAAAUCUCAAUCGAGCAGUACGAUCGUGAGCGAUAAGACCGUACAACGGGGAGUGCGUGAAACGACCGUGUCUGCCGGUUCGCCUUCGGGUCGCCCUGCAGCAGGAGCACGUGGAGGCUCUAGCAUUGUGUUGGGUGAGUCCACCAUUGAUAGUAGCUCUUCCAAGCGACAGCAGACAAGCACCACCACCAAGCUGAUCGGAGGAAAGCUCGUCCACGUGACAAACGCCAGCGACAGCAAUAACAACAGUUCCGCCGGCAAAGCGUCUGCCCAGAACGCAUCGAACGCUCACCACUCUUCGCUGCAGGAGCAGCUGUCCUCCCAGACCGCGUCCUCCACAUCCACAGCCUCGAACGUGAUGAAGUCGAGCCGAACGAGUGAAUCAAGCACCACCCGCAACACGAGCACGAUCGGACAGCAGUCCUCCACGUCACAGCAGCAGCAGCAGCAGCAGCAGCAGUACAAUCGGAAGAACACCUUCGCGUCGUCAGAGAACGUGAACAACUCGAUCCUCUGCCGACCGGCGCAAACGUCCACCGCCACCACAACGCAGCACGCCGCCAAUGGGGUGGCCGGUGGCAUGAGCGUAUCCGGCUCGAUCCAGCGCAAGAGCAUCUCGAACCUGAACGACAGCGCCAUGUACUCGACGACGAACCGCACCAGCUACAGCUCGCUGCACCGCCGCGGCAAGGAAUCGGCCGAAUCGAGAAUGCAGGACUACGUGAAGACGCUCGAAACGGGAACCAUCACCAACCGGACGGUGCGUGGCCAACCGUGUCCACCACCGACGCUGGCCGGUACGGGGCUAUCGAACAGCAGUAGCACCGCGACCGCGAGCUCCUCCACCAGCAUGUCGGCGGCGAAUCAGAAAUCGCUGCGCGACUACCACUCCGCCAUGAACGUCACGCGCAGCUCGUCGACCAAAGCGAACGCGUCCAGCAUCUCGUUCGGGGACGACAAGUUCCACGGCACCAGCUCGUACAAGGUGCAGUACAUCCAGCAGCACGAAGGGCGCUGCCCGGCCGCCGCACACGACAACCUGAAGCUGUCGAAGGUCACCAAACAGCACACGUACUAUGUGCGGGACAAGAAGUAGGCGGAGAUCGUAAGAGUUGAAGUGGCAUAAAUGUUUUGGAUUAUUGUUUUUUUUUUUAAUAUUGUUUUUGUUUUAAUGCUUUUUAUAUCGUUUUGGAUGUGAUCCAGUGUUACAGUCUGAUACACACAUGCGUUAAGCAUUUAAGUGAACAUUUUAUCAUCGACUCAUUAUUACAACGAAGCGCGUGGAAGGAGCGUUGGUUCAUUGCCAACAUCUUCACAGCAAGACUAAUCGUCAACGAUAUAAGCUUCCCAUUAUAUACUACAUUAUAUUAUUCACAACAUGUCAUUAUAGUUUAUGCUUUUUUUAAUAAAAAAACGAAAUAAAAAUAACAUAACUAUGUA